AUGUGCCACCCAGGCCCUGCAGUCGGUUUGCUAAGAGCUUACCAGCCAACUUAUAGGGAUCACUUCUACACCACUGAUGCCAUUGAGAUGGACCAAGCCGUCAAUAGACUUGGGUACACCAGGGAAGAAACUUCCGGAUACGUCUUUUCCACUCCAUGGCAUUCCACUACCCCGCUCUAUCGCAUGUACAACCCCACAGUCUCUGACCAUUUCUACACCACGUCAUAUUCCGAGGUGCAGAGCGCGACUGCAGUCGGUUACAAUUAUGAGAUGAUUGCGGCAUAUGUGUAUGAGGCCAACAUAUGCGGAAGCGUUGCCUUCUACCGUCUGUACAGUCCCAGCGCCACGGAUCACUUUUACACCACAUCCGCAUCAGAGGCGAGCAACGCUGUUGCUAACCUUGGUUAUACCUUGGAGAGCGUCGUGGGUUACGUGCUCCCUGUGAAACCUUAA